GCCUAGCACCAGGUGGCUCUCAAGUAUUUCACUGCCAAAAGAAGAAGGGGGGCGGGUGGGAUUCUACGCUGGAAAACAAGUGAGAAAGGGGCUCCCCAGAGGGGAUUGGUUGGGGCUGGAAGACAGCAAAACUCGGAAAGCGUGAGGACAUCCAGCAGCAGCCGCCAGCGGUGCGAGCACAGGACGCCCUCGCAGCAAUUAGCGGGAACUGGAGGCGUCCGCGGAGGCUGCGCCCGCGGCGGCGGCGGCGGCGGCGCGGAAAGGACCCGACAGCCCCCGAGCUCCGUGCAAAGGCAUCGCGCUCUCUUCUCGCUCCCCUGCUCUCCCCCCUUUCGGCCCCUUCCUCCCUCCCUCUCCCUGGCGUUCCCAGCAGCCGAGGGUUUCAGAUGUCCCACCGCCGUUUGACCCCCUCCCCCCGCUUCUCCACCCCUGCAAAUGAGGUUUGACCAGCAGAGGCAGAGCCCACCUCUGGCAUUCACUGACAUUUAGACUCCGGGCUUCAACCUGUUUACAAGCGGGCUUUCCAAAGGAAGGGGGGGUGGAGGAUAGGGCCAAACCAAACACCAGCCGCCAUCCCCCCCGCCCCCCGCACCCACCCACCCCAAACAAGAAGUGACUUUCUGGAGGCUUCAAAUCAACAGGCACCACCAAAAAGAGAAAGGAAGAGGGAGAAGAAAACAGCGACCGUGCAGCUGCCUCCAGUUCUGACAGCCCCGAAGGGACACACUUUUAGAAGUGGCCAGCAGGCUGGGACUCCACAGAAAGGGCUCCGAAGGUGCCAACCGCAGAGGAGCGCAGCUAUCGCCUCCGACCCCUCACCCCACCCUCUUUGGGUUUUGUUCACCGCACUGUCAUCUGUUUUUCAGACCCUUGUUGUAUCUAACAUGGUGAAGAAAGGAGUGAAGAAGAGAACAAAGUAACUCCUGGGGGAGCGGGGAGCUGUGGUGACCAACACCACCACCGCCACCACCAGCUCCUGCUGCCGCGGCCACCCACGUCCACCAUUCACCCGGAGACUCUAGAGGCGCAGGCAGCGGAUCCGAGAGCGGAGCAAGGAGAGGCAGCCGGCCCUUCCGAGGAGUUAUGGAUGUUGGUGCAUUCACUUCUGACCAGAUCCGCGCCCAGAGGGAGCUAACCAGCAGCCACCACCUCCAGCUGUCUCCUCGCCUUGCACCGGGUCUUACCCUUCCAGUAUGUUCCUUCUGAUGAGACAAUUUCCAGUGCCGAGAGUUUCAGUACAAUGUGGAAAUGGAUACUGACACAUUGUGCCUCAGCCUUUCCCCACCUGCCUGGCUGCUGCUGCUGCUUCUUGUUGCUGUUAUUGGUGUCUUCCGUCCCUGUCACCUGCCAAGCUCUUGGUCAGGACAUGGUGUCACCAGAGGCCACCAACUCUUCUUCCUCCUCUUCUUCCUCCUCCUCCUCCCCUUCCAGUGCGGGGAGGCAUGUGCGGAGCUACAAUCACCUCCAGGGAGAUGUCCGCUGGAGAAAGCUAUUCUCUUUCACCAAGUACUUUCUCAAGAUUGAGAAGAACGGGAAGGUCAGCGGUACCAAGAAGGAGAACUGCCCGUACAGUAUCCUGGAGAUAACAUCAGUGGAAAUUGGAGUUGUAGCUGUCAAAGCCAUUAACAGCAACUAUUACUUAGCCAUGAACAAGAAGGGGAAACUCUAUGGCUCAAAAGAAUUUAACAAUGACUGUAAGCUGAAGGAGAGGAUAGAGGAAAAUGGAUACAAUACCUACGCAUCCUUUAACUGGCAGCACAACGGCAGGCAAAUGUAUGUGGCGUUGAAUGGAAAAGGAGCUCCCAGGAGAGGACAGAAAACACGAAGGAAAAACACCUCAGCUCACUUCCUUCCCAUGGUGGUCCACUCAUAGAGGAAGGCAAUGUUUGUAGAAGCAGAAGAACCAAAGGCUCUUUGGCCAGGAAUAGUCAAUAUCCUUCAUGGAGACAGUAGCUCGAAAGGCAAAGAAACACUGCAGACAUCUGCCUCCUUAAAAGAAAGGAAGCCUUUGACGGUUUUUGUACUCACUGCUGACAUAUGAUGUUCUUUCUUUAGCUCUGUGUCAUGCCUUAUAACUAAGACAAAGGCAGAUCAAACGGGAUAGAAGUUAUUCCCAAGAGAACAACAUUAUGGCUGGGUUUUUUGGUCAAGUUGUUUUGUUUGUGAACCUCUGAGACAGAACUUAAAGGACAUGGAACAAUCUGUUGAAUGAUCUUCGGGAAAGUUAUUUAUGGAAUACGAACUCAUAUCAAAGACUUUCAUUGCUCAUUCAAGCCUAAUGAUUCAAUGAGCAGUAAGACACGCAAGCAUUUACUGGAAAGCACUUGGGUCAUAUCAUAUGUGCAACCAAAGGAGCUUUGGGUGUGGCACCAUGGAAGAAUUGGAUAGGAUUUAAAAAUAUAAAUGUUUUAGUGUGAAACUGUUCUAACAAUACGAAUAGUAUGGUAUGCUUGUGCAUUCUGCCUUCAUCCUUUUCUAUUUCUUUCUAAGUUAUUUAUUUAAUAGGAUGUUAAAUAUCUUUUGGGGUUUUGAAGAGUAUCCUCAGCAGCUGCCCUCUGAUUUACCUUCUCUUUUUUUCUUCAGCACACCACAUGCAUGUUCAUGACAAAGUGUUUAUAAAACUUGGCAAACACUUCAAAAAUAGGAGAUGAAAUUAAGAAAGCAAUGUGAGCUCCCCAUGUGCUAUCAGUUGACUUAAUUUGCACUUCUGCAAUAAGAUCCAUCAGUAAUAAAAAUGGCAGUACUCUGCCAUGGCUUGAAUGAGAUCUGUCUGCCAUCAUUUAAAAACGUGUAUCACUUCCUUUUCUAAGAAAUAGAUGAGAAGGCCAGACUCUUCUCUUUGAAUGCAUCAAUUCAUCUCCAAUAAUAUACUAAAGAAGGAAAGUGAAUUGUUGAGUGCAUUUUUGUAGCCUAGCCUCAUUACUUUCUCAUGAUUUCUUGCCAUAUGUCACAGUGGUAAAUGAUGAAGAGGCUAUCUGCAAAUGGAAGAACCCUUUGUAAGUCCCACAUAGUGCAUCUCCCCCAAAGAAACAUCAAGGAAUUGGGUAUGAAGUGCAACUCUCCCAGGGGCUUAAACUGAGCAAAUGUAUCCUGGUAUAUGUGUAACCAUAUACUGAAACCUGUUCAAGCUGUAUGAUCUAGUCUUUACAAAACCAAAUAAACCUAUUUUCUGUAAAUUUAAAGAGCUUUAGAAAGUUCCAUAAUGUAGCCAUAUUGAAAUUCAUUUGUUAGAGCAGGUAUAGAAAACAGUACAUAAGUACAUAAGUGUACCAGUCAUCAUCACAAUGUAUUCCACUAAAUAAAUACAUAAGCCUUAUUUGCAGUGUCUGUAGUAAUUUUAAAAAUGUAGAAAAAUAUUAUUUGUUCUAAAUACUUAAGUGAUAACUAUAAGACUAUAUUGAUGCUGCAGUUUUAUCUUCAUAUUUCUUGUUUUGAAAAAGUCUGUUUAUUUUUAUUGUUUGGACACAGUAUUUUGGUACAAGGAAAAGAUUCCCCAAAUAUGUCUUUUUACUGAAGUUUAACCUCUAGAAAGGCUGGUGUUUUGUUAUCCUCUUAUAACUUAUUUGUGUUGAUGCUUAACUAGCACUUCCAGCUAAUCUGUCAAUUAAAAAUUAGCUUUAUUAAGAAAAUUUCCCUUAAAGUAAUUUCAUAAAGGUCUAUUUUUAUGAUUCCUUAAAUGUGUUGAUAUUUCAAAAGAAAUGCAUUUGAGGCACAUUGUUCUGGUCAAGGCCUAAAGUUGCAACUCAUGAUACUUUGUUCCAAUUUGUUUUUUGACAAAUAGGAUUCUAUUUGAUUUUUGUGGUUGGGAUCUGCAUGUUAAAAUUUCAUUGAUAACUGAAUCUGAGAGCUAUAAUGUAACACAUUCCUAUGGAAACUAGGUAUCUUUUUUUUCUUUUAUUUUAAAAUAAUAAUUGCACCUGAUGCAUCAACAUGGACCACCCACAACCAGAACUAAAUACUUAGUGAAACAAAUAGAGUACUUGAUGACCACAGUGACAGCAGACAGGCACAAACUGGAUUCUUACUUCACAUAGCCAUUUAGAUUACCCAAGAAACUGUUUAAACAGUCAUCAUUGUGGUCCUCAAGACAGCUUCUAGCAAAGUGUAUCAAAGCUUGCAGUGUCCCAAAAUAGAAAACAUCUCUCCUCUGACCCGCUCCACUCCCUACCCCACACCCCAACAGAGGUAAAGACAGAAAUGGUUUGGUAAGGAGUAUGAGUUUCCUUUGCAUUUAAAAAUGUCAUCUCUGCUGGAUAUUGAUAUAGAAUUCUGGUCCCUUUUGCAACUACUGAAGGAAAAGAAGUUCAAUUCCUGAAUGUUGUAGGUUAAAAAAAAAAAAUAGAGAUUUGGGAGCUCUGCUUCUGUGGGAAGUAUGGGCCCUGGCCCAGGAAAUUCAGGUGCAUGAGCCACAAAUAUGUGUCCAUACGAGUGUUGGUUCUGAGGAAGCGACUCCUAAAGGUACAGAAUCACUCCCUCCUCCUACCUCCCAAAAGGCUGAACAGUGUAUAGUAUGUUACAUUUAAAUAAAAGCAAUAAAAAUGCUGGGAAAAGAAUAUAAAAA